CAGCGUUUUGUUACUAUGACAACACAAGUUCUGCCAGCUACGAUCGAGCUAACGUAGAAUAACGCAGAAAAUAAGUAUAAUAAGAGUAUAAACGUGUGAGAUUAGCCUUGCUGUUUCUCUGGGAGAUAAUUGUUGUGUCAGGUUGAAUUAUCCUGGUUAAAAGAGAGAAUGAGGACCGUAAUGUCCGCGAGCGGCGACCGGGAAACUGUGACGGUUAGAAGAAGCGAAUCAGCGGAUGCGCUCGAAAUCGAUAGCCUUAUCAAUUCCUUAACUCAGGCGGUGUUUGGGAAGAUCAACGUUAUCAGUAUUCUGGAGAGAGCCAACCUGGCCGUGAACGUGGCCGAUGAAAAGGGCAACAUCCUGGCUCACGCCUCCUUUUCUGAUCAUCCUGUGGGCACCUUGGUGGACCAGGCCGACUGGGAACCGUUCUUGCACACACACUUCUGCUCUGAUCCGUGCACACCUCUCAACACACUCUUCCUUCACCUCUUUGUGGCACAAACCAGUUUUGCCUCAGCUUGUGCGAAGGAGACGAUGAGCGCUGUUUUUGACAGUGUUCCUGAACUUCAGCACAUCUGCCUGGUCAGCCCGUACACCGGAGACCUGGAAGCGGCGCUGGCCGAGGUAUUUGUGCCAAUGCAGCGUCGGACCGAACCUGGACCUCAGUGCUCGGCCCUGAUUUGCCUCAGAGAAGAUUUCAGUCCACGCCUUCAUGUCCGCCCAGCCAGGAUGGAAGAUCACGAUGACAUUAUGCACCUUUAUGAAGGCCAGACCCCGCCGGUGUCUCCCAUCGACCUGGUGGAGAUGAUCGAGGCUGAGGACCAUCAUUCUGCUGUUAGUGAGGUGGAUGGAGUUGUUGUUGGUUUCUUCACGUUUGCUGUUGCUGAUGUGAAGCAGCUUCAUGGAAACUUUGACCUCCGCGAGUUUGAUGGUUUGAACAACGUGCAACAACAUGACCAGGACGAACCUGAAGACAAACACAGACGAGCUCGAACUCCCCCCACACAGCAGGAGGAGCUACAGCUGACUGGAGGACAACCAGAGAUACCCAGGGUUUUCCGUAUUCACGUCCUUGUUUUUGACAAGUUUUAUAAAACGAGAUCAGCAGCCUGCAUCGCCCACAUUUUCCAGCGCUUCCCCGAUGCAAGAUACUGUAUGAUCACAGUUCCACCACCGAGCCCUGAGUUCCCCUUGCUGCAGAACAUGGUCCGGGUCCCAGUACUCCCCUCCAGCUUGAUGGUGGACGACCUGUACGUCGUCCACAGGGCGGAUCUCAGCACCGUGAAGAUGAGACCAGCCGUGGUGGAGGACCGGCCGGCCAUCUCUGGGCUUGUUAGGGAUCUGAACCAGGGCAGGUUCCUGCUGCAGGACCUGGACUCCUUCUACCAGACCCGGGCAGGUCCGGACUCCGUGCCGCUGCAGGCCUUCGUCGCUCAGGUGGACAGUCAGGUUGUUGGCGUGCUCAUCGCCAGGGACGAGCAGGACCUGGAGUACCUCCGGGGCCACUACUACCUGGAGAACUUCAUCUACUUCAGCCACCAUGGCUACGAGGAGCACGCUCUCCUUCGCCACUUCGUCCUCAAACGCUGCUUCCAGCACUUCACCAAACACUUUUUUAAAGAGGUCCUGCGUCUGGCUCACAAGUCCUGCCUACACCACCGAGUCUACCCACCCCCCCUUGACCAAGAGGGCUCCUGCGUCCACCCUCUGGAUGUUGCCCUGAAGUGUGCUGUCCCCGUCUGCCCUCGACAGCAGAUUAUCUUCCCGCUGGAGGAGCUUGGCAUCAACUCGCCGUCUGGGCUUCUGACAGAGGAGCAGACUCCGUUUGCUCUGGGCCUCAUCAGCAGAAAGUUAACGCUGGAGCCAAGGGUCGCCAUCAAUGCCAGGAUUGUGGUGGUGGGAGCUUCAGACACAGCUUUAUCUUUUCUAGAGGUGCUUUGUUUGUGCCCUCACCUGCGGUUCAACAACCUGGUCCUCAUUUCAACACACGGUUUCCCGGGCAACCACCACCACGAGGAGGCCGGAUUUCUCUGCACAAGUCAUUCAUACAGCAGUAGAGACCUGGUCCAGAUCCCGCUGCGUCCCUCCAUCAGUGUGGUGACGGGGAAGAUGGUGAGCAUCAGCAGGACGUCAAGAUACGUUCUGGUGUCUGGUGGUCAGAAGGUGCUGUAUGACCACCUGUUCCUCUGCACGGGUCUGCAGUACCAGGUGCCCUGUCCCAUCGGGGGUCAGCCAAUCAGAGAGAGUCUGCUGCCGCCUCAGCCUGCCGACUGCAAUUACCCCCGGCCCCGCCCCUCCAACCUCUUCACCAUCAAUGACCUGCAUGACAGUGUAGCUGUUCGCCGCUGGCUGUGUGCUGGCUUCCUGGAGCUUGAGGAUCAGGCCAUCGUCUAUGGCAACAACUUGGAUGUGUACACCACUGUAGAGACUCUGCUCAGUCUUGGUAUCCGGGGGUCUCGCAUCCAUCUGGUUCUCCCUCCUCCUAAACCUGGAGUGUCCUGCUUCACAGACUUGGCUGUAGAGAAAGCCGUGACCACAGCCAUGAUGAGCUCUGGGGUUCAGGUCCACCGUGACGUGGUCCUGGCCAAGAUGAACAACGGCGGAGAAUGCAACCACCUGACGUCUGCGUCGUUCAGCUCAUACACAGAACCUCUUCAUCUUCAGUGUGGAGUGUUUAUCAACCUUUCCAGUAAAGGAGUUGAUGGUGAUGCCUUCAGGAGUAUCAGUAAAUCCGGCUUGGCCUUUGAUGGCAGACUUAUAAUAAACGCCAUGUUUAGCACCAGGGACCCGGCCAUCUUUGCUGCUGGACCUCUCACCAGAUACUCAUAUGGCUACUACACAAAGAAGUCACAUGAACACUUCAACUCCAAGGAGGUAGGCCAGAAUAUGGCGGCCAUGUUCCUGUCCCUUUUAGAUGCCAUGAAGGCCUGGGAGGAGUCCACGUCUGGAGUGGAUCGUCCCGUACCACUGUACAAACAGCCCAAGAUUCAAGGAGGGAAACUUCCUGGAGGAUACAACUACCUGCAUGUGACCAAACCAGCUGACCCCGACAUGGAGGCUCCUGCUGAACCUGACGGAGGGAUGGUGACGGGACGAGCCGAGACAGGAAACUACUUCUGUCUCCAUCUGGACAGCAACCAGCUGGUGGAGACGCUCACCUGCUUGUCCCUGAAGCCUCUUCCUGUCUCCAACUACCUGAGUCUGUUUGGGAAACACCAGCAGCUGCUGGGCCGCCUGCUGAGCCGCUACCAGCAGGGCCUGGUCCACGACCUGUACAGUUUCUUCAGACAGAGCUGGUGUAUGGCCAUUUUCCACGACCGCUUCCCAGACCUCCAGCAGGAGCUUCAGCAGGUCACAUCAGCCAGACUGAAGGAGUCGGGGCAACAGAUGACAGGAGAGAGCGUGUCAGACCCGGACCCGGUCCCUCUGGAGAUCCGAGCAGCUGUGAGGAGCCGUGCGGUGAAAUAUCUGAGCUUUAACCGAAACCUGCUGCCCAUGUUCUCCUCCCCAGGAAAACUGUAGCUUCUCAUUUCACUUAACUCAGGAGUUCUUUUUACUCUCUUCCUGUCUGUCCCUUCAGAGACUCAAAUAUAACCUGCUGAAGGUUUCUCUUUGGUCUUUGCUGUACAUUUCUAUCAUUUAAACAGUUUAAAAUCUUAAAGCCUCUUUGCAGACUUGGACUGAUUUUGUCAGUAGAGCAGAAAUAAUCUGCUAAAAUAAAACCACAGCAGAAGAAUAUCAGAGGACAUCUCAUCCCAUCACCGCCCUGCCGCCUCUUCAUCUCAUUUAA